AAAGCAAAACUAUAAUUAAAGUGUUAGAGACAUUAAUUGAGAAAUUAAUAUGUCACAUAACCUUUAUUAUACUACUAGUACCUUCAAAGGUGAAGUAGAAUACAACAAUGAUGAAAAUCCAUUAAUGGGUUGUUAUGCAUCUUUAUAUCCUAAUAUGCCUAUUUUGGAAAACAGUUCUAAUUCAUCAUCAUGGAUUGUUCCAUAUUCUGAUGAAAGUGAAACCAUUAGGGAUCAUAAGAAAUUGAAAAGAUCAACUAUAACUAUCCCUAUUUUGUUUGCAAAUAUCAGCAACCAUAACUCAACCAGCAUCAAUACUUUCUUCAAAAACAGUAACAAAAGUAGUGUGAAUAGCAUACCAAGGCUUCAUUUCAGAGAUCAUAUAAGAACUUAUAAGCAAAGAUAUUUUGCUGCUGAAGCUGUUGAAGAAGCAGCAGAAGAACAUUUCAAUUAUAAUAAUUCUGAAGCUGAAGAAGAAGAUGGUACAUGUGCUGAUGGAAUGAGAUUAGUUCAACUUUUGAUUGCUUGUGCUGAAGCUGUAGCGUGUCGCGACAAAUCACAUGCUUCGGUUUUAUUAUCUGAACUUAAAUCAAAUGCUUUGGUGUUUGGUUCAUCAUUCCAAAGAGUUGCUUCUUGUUUUGUUCAAGGAUUGACUGAGAGACUAACUCUGAUUCAACCAAUUGGAAAUAAUUCUGUUGGAUCAGAUACAAAAUCAAUGAUGAACAUAAUGGAUGCUGCAUCAGAAGAAAUGGAAGAAGCAUUCAAAUUGGUUUACGAGAUAUGUCCACAUCUUCAAUUUGGACAUUUUGUGGCUAAUUCCAUAAUAUUGGAAGCCUUUGAGGGUGAGAGUUUUGUUCAUGUGGUUGACUUAGGCAUGAGUCUAGGUCUACCACAUGGACACCAAUGGCGAGGACUAAUUCAAAGUCUCGCAAAUCGAUCUGGUAGUCAACGUGUUCUUCGUCGGCUUAGGAUCACAGCGGUUGGUCUAUGCAUUGCUAGAAUCCAAGUCAUUGGUAAAGAACUCUCAAUUUACGCAAAAAAUUUAGGGGUUCAUUUGGAAUUCUCGAUUGUCGAGAAAAAUUUGGAGAAUUUGAAACCUGAAGACAUAAAAGUGAAUGAAAAAGAGGUUCUUGUGGUUAACAGCAUUCUUCAAUUGCAUUGUGUUGUUAAGGAAAGUCGCGGUGCUUUGAAUUCGGUUUUACAAAUGGUACACGGUCUUUCGCCGAAAGUUUUGGUGAUGGUUGAACAAGAUUCAGGUCACAAUGGACCUUUCUUUCUUGGAAGGUUUAUGGAAUCAUUGCAUUACUAUUCUGCUAUUUUUGACUCUUUGGAUGCUAUGCUACCAAAGUAUGAUACUAAGAGAGCAAAAAUUGAACAGUUUUAUUUUGCUGAGGAGAUAAAGAACAUUGUGAGCUGUGAAGGACCAUUGAGGAUGGAAAGGCAUGAGAAAGUUGAUCAAUGGAGGAGGAGAAUGAGUAGGGCUGGAUUUCAAGGCGCGCCGAUUAAGAUGGUGGUUCAAGCUAAGCAGUGGCUUUUGAAGAAUAAGAUUUGUGAUGGAUAUACUGUUGUGGAAGAGAAAGGUUGCUUGGUUCUUGGAUGGAAAUCAAAGCCAAUUGUUGCAGUUUCUUGCUGGAAAUGCUGAAUGAAUCUCUUUUAGUUCUGCUAAUAAUGCGUGUCUUGUGUGUCUGAAUAAUGUGUGUGUUUUUAUGUGCAUGUUGUGAAUUUAAGACCCCAAAUUUAGUGAUUUGAAAAAAAGCACUGAAUAUUUGGGGCAAGAAUAAAACUUUUGAUGUAAUUCUGUGUGGUGUUGAUGCUCUGAGAUGGAGCAGAAAUAAAGUGAUGACUUA